UGUUGCCUGGCGUGUUUACUGCAGCUACGUGGACAAGGGCGGACAAUGGGAAGGAACCACCUUUUCCCUGUAUCAGUUUCGUUUUCACAGAAAAAGUGACACUGAUAGGCAUUGCGUACCUCGCAUUGACGAGACUGCCUUGGCAUAGUCUACAGACCAUAUCCACGCCAACGCUUUCCUCAAUACAGAAAGCAUCUGUCUCUGUCCAUACAUUUAAGAGUGCUGGCAACACCUGCCGCUCUCCUUUUUGCUCUAUGUACGAUCUUUAAAAAUACGAACGCUGAAGUAGCCUAAUGGAACUUUGAACAAGCUGAAGCUAUGAACUCGCCACAUUCAAUCAUUACUAUUCUGGCCAUGGGUUUUAGUUGUCUCACUAUCAGCUCUGGUCUGGGCUUAGCCUCUCCGAAGAAGACCACCUGUCAUGUUCGUCAUGAAAAGGCUGACUGCAGCCGCCUUCUCCUCAAGGAGAUCCCACCAGACCUCCCUCGAAACAUCACCAGCCUGGACAUGUCCCACAACCGCAUGGUGGGCCUCUCCCCUGCCUCUCUGUACCCAUACCCAGGCCUCAUUCAUCUGGACGUGGGCUUCAACAGUCUCACCCGGUUGGAGGCCGGAGUCUGCCAGACUCUGUGCCAUCUCCGGAGCUUGGACUUGCAGCACAACGAGGUUCAUCUGCUCACAGAGAAGGAUCUAAGUUGCUGUGCCAAUCUGACGCAACUGAACUUGGCUUGGAACAGACUGAAGUUGCAGGGGGAGCCCUUCGCUGCUCUACAGAGCCUGACUCAGCUUGAUGUGUCCAAAAACGGACUUGAGUCUGCCAAGUUAGGCUCCCAGCACCAACUUCCCAACCUAGUGUCUCUCAUUCUUUCAAACAACACGAUAUCCAUACUGAAAAAGGAUGACUUCUCCUUUCUCAGCUCCUCCUCGUCCUUUAGAGUCCUCGACCUGUCACAUCUGUCUCUUCUGAAAAUGAUUGAGCCUGGUAGCUUAGCGCCCAUAAAGACCAUAGAAGAACUAAUCAUGGAGAGUAAACAACUAACCCAGCAGCUCAUGUCCCAACUCUGCAUGGAGCUGUCUGGGACUGCCAUUCAUAAUCUGUUCCUUCAGAACACAGGGGUCAUACUAACAAACACAACCUUUAAGGCCUUGGAGAAGACCAACCUGACCUUUUUAGAUCUGUCCCACAAUAACCUGACAACAUUAGAAAAUAGUCCCUUUCAGUGGCUGACUAAGCUGAAGACUCUGAUUCUGGAACAGAACAACUUAAAAAACCUGAACAAAGAAACAUUCCAAGGACUGGGCAACCUUACACUGCUCAACCUGAGGAGGGCGCUAGUAAAGAGCAAGAAGUCCCACACCCCUGCAAUCAAGGAUUUCUCCUUCCAGCCACUCGGGGCGCUGGAGAGUCUGAUCAUGGAGAACACAGUAUUUCAAGAGAUCACAGAGAACACUUUUACAGGUCUUAACAAUCUACGCAACCUGAACCUGGGAUUUGCCAUCUGUGUGUCCCUUAAGAAAAUCAACAACCUGACCCUGGUUUCGCUUAUCAACUCCCCUGUCCAGACUCUUAAUCUGACGGGAACAUCCAUCAACCACCUGGGCCCUGGGGCCUUCUCCAGCCUGAGAAACCUCACCAGCCUCCUGCUAGCCUUCAACUUCAUCGCUCAAACUUUGAACGGGACAGAGUUUCAAGGACUGGACCAGUUGCAGGAGCUCAAACUCUUUAACAACCAGCAGAAGAUCAAACUAAGCCCCACAUCCUUUACUGGUGUGCCCAGGCUCAAGUCCCUGUUUUUGGGCAAGGCUUUAAGUAGUCCCCAGGAUAUGAAUCCCUCUCCGUUCAAGCCAUUGUCCAACCUCACCCUUCUGGAUCUCAGCAACAACAACAUUGCCAACAUCAAUGCAAGUCUCCUUAAGGGACUGGAUAAUCUAAAAGUCCUAAAGCUGCAGCACAACAAUUUGGCUCGAGUAUGGAAGGCUGCCAACCCAGGAGGGCCGGUUCUGUUCCUCGAGGGGCUAAGUAGCUUGACCGUCCUGGAGAUGGACAUCACAGGACUGGACGAGAUUCCUAGAGAGGGUCUUCGGGGCUUGACUAACCUUCGUGAGCUCAGCCUCAGCGGUAAUGUCCUUAACUACCUGGAGGACUCGAUCUUUGAUGAUUUGAGAUCCCUACAGGUUUUGCGCCUCCAGAAGAACUUGAUCACUUCUGUGCGGAAGGAAGUGUUCAGCAAGGCUUUUGCCAACCUCAGCCUAUUGGUCAUCGACACGAACCCUUUUGACUGCACCUGUGAGAGCAUUUUGUGGUUUGUGAACUGGCUAAACACAACCAACGCCAGUGUGCUGGGCCGUGAUGAGUACACAUGUAACACGCCCUCAGCCUACUUCAACCACUCGGUCAUGAAGUUCGACCCGCAGUCCUGUAAAGACAUGACCCCAUUCUAUACCCUCUAUGUACUAAGCAGCACCACUGUUCUAACCUUCAUGGUCACCGCAUUUUUGUUUCGGUUCCAUGGAUGGAGAAUUCAGUUCUACUGGAAUAUUCUGGUCAACAAGACCUUAGGUUUAAGUGACACCAAACGUGUUAAGGGGAGAAAUUACGAAUAUGACGCCUAUGUUGUUUAUGCAGAAGCAGAUGAGAAGUGGGUAACCACAAGGCUGCUUCCUCUAGAAGAAGAGGAGUAUAGGUUUUUCCUGGAAAACCGUGACUCUGUGCCUGGUGGUCCACGCCUACAGUCUAUUGUGGAUGAUAUGAAAAAUUCCCAAAAAAUUAUAUUUGUUGUCACUGAAAGUCUUUUCAGAGACCCACUGUGCAGACGCUUCAAAGUCCACCAUGCCCUUCACCAAGUCAUUGAGAAAGGCAGGGACCGCCUGGUGCUCAUCCUCCUUCAGGACGUGCAGGACUACAGGUUGUCCCAAGCACUGCUCCUGCGCAGGGGCAUGCUGAGGCCACGCUGCAUCCUCCACUGGCCCAUGGAGAGGGAACAGAUCCCCGCCUUUCACCAGAAGCUUCGCAUAGCACUGGGCAUUGUCAAUAGAGGGCAGAAGGUUUAGUUGUGGCUGUGGGUUCGGUUACUUGAGUAGGCUAAAGCUACAAAGUGAAUGGCUUUAGUCAAUGGGCAUUUGAGGGAAGAAGUUCUCAUAUGUAAUUGUUUAUUCUGUGUCUGGGAUUAUUACAGAAAUGCACUUACUGUGAAACACUUGAACUCUGUGUACUGUAUAUACUGCUGCAUGUUGGGAUAUUGUAGCUUUUAAACUAUGGCUGGUAGCUCCCGUUAAAUUACAAUAUGAAUAUUCUGGAAUGGCUUGUAAACUGUAGGUACUCACUUGCUAAUUCAAUCUCAACAGUUUAUAUGGUUGGCUAGAAAAGUGAAUUAUUUCCUAUAAUUAUCUAUUAAUACAAUAGGCUUGAUGACUAAAUAUUGCUUCUAAUGAUUUCUUUAAAUAUUAUAACACAUAAAACAAACUCAUUUCGAGUCCAGGAAGCGAUCCUAACAAAAUAGUGUGUGAAUAUUGCAGAUUAUUUAAAAAUGAGUUGUUAUAGUUGUUGUGUGAUUGCAACAUCUAGUGGUUUUUCAAACCAACUGCAGCUAUUGUUACGCUCAAGGAACCCAAGGUUUUUGUGAACUUUUGUCUGAAGUGUUUUCACUGGUUUCUAUUUUAGCUUCAGUUUCUGAAGUUGUCAUUCAAUUAGGGUGACAUAACAAUUUGAACCAGCACACAUCUGGUUCAAAUUGUUAUCUCUUCGUGAUCCACAAUUACAUGGUUUGCUUGAUGUGGUGAUUGGUGGUGGUGCAUACCAAAGUCCUUUAUUUAGUAUUCAGCUAGUUUGUCUUUUUUUUAGCCCUCCAGUCAGAAGAUAUAAAACAAACCACAAUUUAAUACUAAAUUCAACUUUAAUUAAGAAUUUGUGGUUCUCAUCUUGAGAAAAUUAUGACAGAUAUUAAUCAACUGUUAGGGGGAACAUUAUUACAGUUUUCUGGUGUAAUUUUGAGUCUCUGGCCCUCUUUACCUACCAAUACUUCAGCAGCUCUCUAAUGGUACCAUCUAAAACUAAUACCAGGAAUAAGUCCAAGCUAUCCGCUACUGGGAAAUGCACUCUCCUUUAAAUCAAAUGCCAGUGGUAAGUUGUGGGUUUGCAUUCACAUGUAGAAAUGUAUGAUUUUUCCUUUGCACAUGAACUAUGUUUUACUUUGCCCUUAUGUUAUAGGCUAUGUAACAUAAAAUAACAGCACAUUUGGUUAAAGCAUUCUAAUGCAUUAAUUUGUUAUCACCGAAUGUCCCUGAUGACUUGUGGACUCUGCUUAGUAGGCUUUAUUCUCUUAUUUGUAUUUGUAAAUAAAGAACCAAUGCAGCCUUUUCCAAACUAAAGACAAAUAGCUUACCACCAGUAGGCUAAAUCUAGAAACAUUAAUGUUGUUCUUCCAUCUCUCAUCAAAUGACCUAUUAGGCCACAGGAUUUACUUAAAAAGUACAAACAAGCUUGACAUUGUAUCAAAUGGCAUCUUACACCUCAUAUUAAUGUUAGGAUAAAGUGGCCAAUUGCCUCCAAUCGCUAACUUUUAAACUCAAUACAUAGGGAAUGGAAAAUUGAUCACAGGUUAUUGGUUAAAUGUGUUGGAGAGAUAUAUUCUCCGAUCUUCAGAAUACAAAGCAAAUUAAAGCAAAGCUCACUGUCCAUUUUGGUUACCAAGUUAGUUGAAUCGA